UGCUGCGAUUGGCCGUCGAGGAAGCGUUGCGGUUUGUGGACUCCGUCGAGAGUCUCCCGGCAAAAUGUUGAAAAUGCGACUGGUGUUGUCUCUGAAAAAAGGCUGCGCGUAGCGCGAUUUCUUUCCCACUGGAAUACGUACGAAGAACGUUCGUCUACGGUCCAACAAUCCCGAUGAGAUGAUUGUGAAGCAACCAUGCCUACUAGUGGCUCUUCUCCUCUGCCUACGGAGCCCCCAGUCAGAUGCAUCUGGGAUGCCAUCACAGGAGCCGGAGCACAUGACAGCUCUGCUGGGGCAGGAUGUGAUCUUGCACUGCCCCUUCGAGUACCCAGAUGGCAUGCCUGUGCCCUAUCUUGUCCAGUGGCACAAAAAGGACCACAAGAUACCCAUUUACAUCUGGUACGAUGGAUACCCACCACAUGCGGCCGAUGACUACAAAGAACGCAUUUCUCUUUCGGGCCAGUCGUCACUGAACCUAACAAAUGUGCGCGAGUCAGACAAGGGCUGGUAUGAGUGCAAGGUCUUCUUCCUCAACCGGGAAACCAUUCGCAAUGGAACUUGGAUCUACCUCGACGUACUUGCCCCACCACACUUCAAGUCCAAGCCGGAACAGAUCAUCUAUGUGAAGGUGGGCGAAUCGGUGGUGCUUCCCUGCGAGGCUGAAGGCACUCCGCCUCCCACCAUCAUAUGGUACAAGGACAACCUUCCCCUGGAAGAGAGCACCAACAUCCAGAUCCACCCAACAGAGCUGCGCAUCUCCAACCUGCGCCAGACGGACGUGGGCGACUAUACUUGCAUGGCUCGCAACUCAGAGGGCAGCGACUCAGCGCUUGCCAAGGUCAUCGUGGCGGGUCCUGCAGUGAUUACAACCCCUCCACAGAACCUGACCAAGCUGGAGGGAAACUUUGCUGAGUUUGUAUGCGAAGCACGUGCAUUGCCUUCCAACAUCACUCACCGCUGGUUCUACAAUGGUGUGGAGAUUUCUAAGUUGACCUGGCUGCAAACACGCACGCUUGUACGCCAGGAUGGUACACUGUUCAUAAACCCCACCGCAGCGGAUGACUCGGGCUUCUAUACCUGUGAAAUCUCAAAUGGCAUUGGCCAACCUGAGUCUGCGACUGCCUACCUCAACAUUGAGUACCCAGCAAGGGUGAACUUCACGCCAGCCUUCCAGUACAUGCCCCUGAACCUAUCUGGAGUAGUGCGCUGCUACAUCCAAGCCAAUCCACCAAUUCAGUUUGUCACCUGGUUCAAGGACAACCGGCCCUUUGAGGCCAAUGCCCUCAAUGGUGUUGUCAACCUGAGCAACGGCUCGCUCUUCUUUCAACGUGUGUCGUACGAGCACCAGGGGCGCUACCUAUGCUCCCCCUUCAACAUCCACUCCACGGGAGGGUCUUCAGCUGUUAUGGAAGUACUUGUACGGGAGCCACCCAUGUUCUCGGUGAAGCCCAAGGAGCUGUACCAGCAGCCGAGAAACACAGAGGUCACCAUGCCUUGUGAAGGCAAAGGCCAUCCGCCGCCAACCAUCUCAUGGAGAAGAGCGGAUGGCAAGAAGCUACCAAAGAAUCGCCACAGCGUGAGCAAGGGAAAGCUGACCAUUCGGAGCCUGCAGAAGGAAGACCACGGACGAUACGAAUGCGUGCUGCAAAACGACGUUGCCACCUUGGUCACCAGCACGCUUUUGCUGGUUGAGAGCACGACACCACACGCGCCCACCAAUGUGUCGGUGAACACUAGCGCCUUUGCGGCAACUGUCUCGUGGCUUCCAGGUUACGAUGGAGGCCACCCACAGACCUACGUUCUCUGGUACCGGCUGGUGGGGCAAGGCGAUGCCGAGUGGCGCACUAUCCGGGUGUAUCCGGACAACGCCAUCACUCUGACCAUUCACAAUCUGCAACCUGAGUCCCAGUAUGAGUUCCAGGUGCUCUCACGCAAUGCCUUUGGAGAUGGACUAUACAGCGACAUUGUGCGCGCAAACACUACCAAGUGGAACUACAUUGAAGGCGCCUACCCGACAGAUGCGUAUGGUUCAACCUACAUCCCCACCGUGAACAGGACCCCGACAGCCCCUUGGCUCCCUCCUUCUUCCUCCUCGUCCUCCUCCCCUCCUACACCGUCUCCAUUGCCAGGUCCCAAGCCGUCUGCGCCGCGCAAUGUGACGGUACGCGAGACUCCUGCUGGGGUGCUGGUCACGUGGCUGCCACCAGUCAACACGUCGGUGCCUAUCGCAUUCUACUGCGUCGAGUACCGGUCACCAGACAAGCCGUGGGCACGCAGCACCAACAUCAUGUCUGGCAGCGAGUACACCAUCACUGACUUGCCUGAGGGGACCAAGUUCUACAUACGCGUCUCAGCUUUUUCCAUUACCUCUGCCUUUGAGUCGAGCCCUGAAAUACUACUUACCCUGGCAGGCUGCUGUGUUUCAGACCGGGGCCCCAAGUACAAGCGGGACCAGGCCAUCAUCUCGGGUGUCGUCGGUGGCGUGCUCUUCUUCAUCGUGGCCAUCAUCCUCUCGGUCUGCGCUGUUAAGAUUUGCAACAAGAGGAAGCGGCGGAAGGCCGAGAAGGCGUACAUGAUGGUGACAUGCCCCGUAGCAGACGCUCGUAAUGGAGGCCACUCACAUGGAGGCAGCCCUGUCUCAUUGAAAAAACACCCGGAAGGCCGAGUACCAGGUGUAGCGGUGACUGGUGUAGCGGGCCCAGGACCCUGGUGGCCGGUCCCCCCUGAGCCCCCUCCGGCAGCCCCGACAAACCGGCGGCCCGCCAUUGUGGCGACGACGCCGCGGGCAAGCAGCCCGGGCCUCCAGCUGCUGCUACAGGGCUUCCCCGACGACCUGAGCCCCGUGAGUGGUGGUGACCGGUCACUGCCCAGCACGGUGCCAUCGAGUGCCGCCUUCUCGACGCCUCCGUCCCGUGAGCCGCCUUGUGGCUUCCGGCCCAUCCAUGCACCCCCUGCCAUCGUGCCCCGCACCGGUGCCGCCACUGGCAACACCGGCCGGCAGCCACCGCUAGCCACGAGCUCACCGCCUUGCCUUGGCUAUAGAAAUGGCGGCAGUGGCUACACCCGCGAGCGCCUGCUAGGUGCAGUGCAGCGCGUCCGAUGCACGGCCCUGCGCCACCACAGUGCUCCCGAGCUACAGAUGACGGUCUCAACAGGCAGCAUGGCAAACGCGACAACCGCGGCCGUGGCAGCAUCGAGGCCCGAUUCGGCAAGCUUGACGAGCGGCAGCUCUGGACGUGGCAGUUCAGCUGGCGCGGCCCGCGGUGACUCCCUGCAGGGAGAACUGCGUCCGCCCGUGGCCAACCUGGUGUCGUCGUCUCUGGUGCCGCCUCGUGACCAGUCGGUGGAUGAGAACUACGAGUUUGACCCAGCUUUGAGCCCCGCGUUGGGUGACGAUGACGACGCAUGGCGUGGACUCAGCGACAGUGAGCUCUACAGCACUGCCUGGGAUGCUGAGACCCGCUGUGCAGCAUUGAAGCGCGAGUUCUUGCGCCGACGCCGGCGGCCGCUCGAGAGCGCCUGCUGAGACAAAAAAGGGGGUCUCCUGCUCCUCUUCCUAGUCAUGGAAGCAAUAACGCGCGCACCGAUUCGCCUACACCAAUGUCACAAAUGGCACAUCCUAUAAGGGCUAUGCUGUAGUGGCCUUUCGUGGCAACUCACCUUGUUGCUGCAACCAAUUUCAUCCUUGCCUUCGCUUGCAUCUGAUGACAUUCUAGAGCCAUGUAGAUCCGUGGCACGUUAACGUGUGCUGUCAUCAGUCUGCCGUUAGAGAUGUCGCACCAUCAAGAUCUUGUGGCUUGCCAUGAAAGACCACUGCCUCACACUUCCUGUACCCACAUCAGCUCAAUGCGGCGAUGACAACCCAUGUACAGACUGACGUGCUGUGGCCACCUCAACUUACGAGCGCUGGACGCUCGUGUGCGACAGUCCGAGGACGCUUCUCCUUUUGUGGUGCUCGUGCAACGCACAUAGGUGGCAGGCAUGCAAUUUCUUCUUUCUUUUCUCUUCUCGUCACCGACAUAGUACAAGGGCUUCUCGGUUUAUUACUACGCUCGCUUCACUCUGCGUAUUCUGACCCCCUCCACCCUCUGGAAUGAGAUGCUUCAUUUUUUUAGGAGGAGGAGGGAGGGAGGGAGGUAGGGAGGGGGGGUGGACCGACUCACCAAUGCUUGCGAGCAAGGGAGUCUAGGGAACUUGUAUGCAUGUAAAUAGACUGAGGAGAAAAGAAGGUGGUUGUUGCAGAGCGUCGUAGUUCUCGUAAUGUUAGUCCCCAGAAGCACAGAAUUGUAGACACCAAAACAAAUAAUUGUCUCUCUCUCUUCUUCUUCAUUUCUUUUUUGCUGUUGAUUUGCUGUACUACUUGUGGGGUGUCAUGGUGCCCCAUUGGCGCACUAUGCCUGCACACAUUCCAACAUGACAUCCGUGCUCCACUUAUACACUGUCAUAACAAUACCUUAAAUGAAAAACACACAGACAUGCCACAACCCAAGCCCUCAACAUCCGUCUGAGACACACAAGGACACUUUGUAGGAUUUACAGCAGAAGAGUCAAAGAGAACCUUAUAGUAGGCUGUCAUUACAAUAUAUAGUGCAAACUCUGCUGCAUUAAACAAAGAUGGCUUUAAAAAUGCAUUUUAUAAGUUGGCAUGUUCAGUCACGGCACUCACAAAGAUGGACAGGUAAUAAAAGACUUUGGCAAUGCACAGUCGAGAUUUAUUGAAGUGCUGAACUUAAUGUUGAGGACCAUAUGACUUUAUUUUGCCUUUAAGGUCUCCAUUCUUUUUCUGUCCUACACUUGUUAAGAAUGUUUGUGUGAUACGUGCUGAAGUCAAUUGGCUACGAUGUCUGAUACAGACAGUGUUUUCAAGGAGAGAUUGCAGAGCACCGCUAUCCCUGUGAGCUUCUUUGCAUGCACUUGCCAAUGAAUUAGUUUUUCUGCAGGGUGAUGAAGUGAGUAUAAUUUUAUUUACAGGUAAUUGGUGAUCACUACUUUUAUUAGUUUGCUUGCAUCACUUCAUUGUGUGUGAAGCUUUGCAAACGAGGAUUCUCUUCCCGAGCUAGAAUUAUUUUAAAUGUUUUCAAACACUGCAUCCCAUGAUACCUCAGAGAUAAAAGGAUGUUUUUAGGGUGCCUGUGACAUUACGUGGCCUUGACUUCCUUUAAUGAUCAGUAAGUUAGUUUCCCCUUUUUCUUCUUCUUUUUUUUCUGUUUUAUACUUGUCCUCAACCAUCAAAGUAAAGAAGAUAGAAGCUUACCUUUUUGUCAAUUUGCAUAUCAGGCUGUCUUGAAGUAAGCUUCGUAAACUUAAAAGAGCCUCUCAUUGCUUUGUGUCAUGCUGAUAUUCAAAGGUUUGUCAUUGUAGCAAACAUGAAAGUCUGCUGUGCCAAGUAAGCCAGCUGUCACGUGGAGCAGUGCCUGCUCUGAUGCAAGCAGAGUGGGAGGAUGUAUUAAAACAUAGUGCAAAGAAAACUGGACACAGAGAAGAAGAGACAGUGCCCAUCCUGUGUCUUUUUCUCUGUGUUCAUUUGUCUUCAUGCUACGUUUUAAUAUGAACCUAUACCAGCUCGCCUAGUGCACUACGUUACUUCAACUGAGUGAAAGGACAUGUUAAAGAACUGCCACAUUAUGUUUCUAAAGCCAGAACUAUACACAGGAUGCAGCAGCAGGGUCUUGCAGUCAGCCACAUGAUAACAUGAUCCCACAAUUCUCGCUAUGCUUUGAAUAAUAUUGGUAAUCAGUCACAUGUAGCUGCCUGCUCAUGUACUGUAGUUCAAAACCAAAGCGUCUGCUCGUGGUCAUGUGUGCCAUGGACUAAGUAUCAGUCAGACAGAAAUUAGUCUCGGAGACAUGCGAAAAUGCCACAGCAACUUUAAAAUGUUCAGGAUUAAUCUGAAGAGAUGCUACGAAUAGAUUCCUAAUCACUUGUCAAGAGGUAGGUGCGACUCAACCAGCAUAUUUUUGUGUGUGUGCGUGUGAAAAAAUGCUUAGUUUUAAAGCAUAAAUUCGGCACUGGUGAUCUGCUUGUGUGAUGUUGCAAAUUUCAAUACUCCUUGUGCACAAAUAGUGUGCCGAGCUUGCCAGGAAGUUUAAGAUGAUGUUGCUGACACUUUAUCUCAUCCUUUUUUUUUUAACUUUUGUGGUUCGAUGGUCCUGUGCAAUCCACUCAGAUUUUGUUAGACAUUAAAAUUUAUUAUAAUUGUAUGUAAUUUUCUGGCACAUUUUACGCGUGGAGUUUAGCUGGAAGGAGUUUAGCUAUAACGGAAGGAGUUUAGCUAUAAUGCCAAUGAUGGUAAAGAAUUCAUACUGUGGUAUCAACAUGACCUUAUAUGCAGUCCUGUCAUUGCAAUCAGCAAUCAUUAGUAUUAUAUGGCACAUUAUAGCGAGUGAACUCUGUAGAAGAUCUCGGCAUUCUGUGGAACUGGUAACCUAAUUGCUGUUUCAGAAAUUGUAUCUAGCGAUUCAGCUAGUCUUAAUACUUCCCUUUAGUGUCCUUGAUAUCAGUAGCUUCAGCUGCAUUGGUUCUUUUUAAGGGGUCCUGAACCACUUUGCCAAGCAAUCAUCAAAUGACCUCAGGAGUUUAUUGCCUCACGAAUUGAUUGCCGCAGAAAUUUCUUCUAAUCUGUCAUGAACAAGAGGAGUUACAGGAAUUUCUCACAUGCUUUGAACACUUAUUAGACUUUCUCGUCCCAGUGAGCACACUGGAAGCUACACAGGUGGGAUGACAAUGGGGCAAGAAUCCACGUCAGUGCAUGUCAUGCAAACACGUUUUCCCACUCUGGGUGUGAUUCCGGUGCGUGCUAGUGUUGCUACUGUGUAAAUUUAGCACACUAUAGGGUGCGGCGUCAGCAUUUAGCAGCACCUUGUGGCAAGAAGCACGUCUGAUCCAAACGCCACUCUUGAUUUAUGUCAGCUAUCGGCCAAUAGCAGCAAUCUGGUAAAUGACGAAAUCUAGCAGCUACUGACAGCUUCGAAGAGAGUGAGGACGAUGCAGUGCACUUGAGAAAGUGGCAACUUUGUGCUCCACUUGUAAACUCAACGUGCCGUGCAUGACCACACAACUUCACUGAGCUGCUCAUAGCAGUGUUUGCUGCUUGUAGAACGUUUUUUCACCACACUUGAGGGGUGGUUCCGAACCUCUUUAAUGCUUUUGCAUGUGUACUAACGGUGCAAAAUCGCACAUCUUGGCUAGGACCACUGUUGCACCAAGUUAUGGCAUGGCUGACUGUGAUGUCUCGCUGCUGCAUGCUACCCGACAGAAAAAAAAUAAUAUGCAGAAGCACGUGAACUACAGCACAGGAGCAGUAGAAUGCAAAGUAGAGGGUGUUGCCUCAUCUGCUCUGCUUGUUUGCUUUUGUGUCAUUUGUGUGGAAUUGCGUCUGUACCGAGAGGUUUGCACGGGGCUCUAUUGCGAUAGCAACAAGCGUGUGUGUACAUAAUACUUUUUAUCACAAGUUGUCUAGGCUUAAAAGAAAAGGGAGGUAGGAGCUCUUGCCACUUAGUGUGUUGGAUUGAGCGGAUGAUGGGAUGUCUCUUAAGUAUACAAGAGUCCGUUGCUGCACAUGUAUGCUGGGCCCUUUGUGGUUUUCACCAUACUGCUCAAGGGACAGGUGGCUUUUCUGUAUAACCUGUGAUAUCGUAGUGCAACCGAUUGGCUGUGAGGCAGUCUGUUGCCCUUUUUUUUUUCACCUGAGCCAAAUAAUGAGAAUGUGUGAAGUGGUGGCAGGUAGUGCAACGAUGGCCUCAUCGACACGAUUGAUUUGUGAGCUUUAAUGUCUCCUUGUAAUACAAUGUCUGCGAGAGACAACAAAAUGGAAUUUUUGAAAUAAUUGUGACAAUGUACAGUUCUUUAAUUUGCGCCUUAAAUCUAAGUACACGAAGGCUUUUUGAACUUUUCACCCAUUGCAACACAGCUGCUGCUGCCAGAAUUGAACCCAUGAACUCAUAAUUAGCAUCAGAACACCACAGCCAUUUAGUCAUCAUCAUGGUGGGUGCACUGGCAAGAGAGCUGCUACAUGUCAGCUGUGAAAUAUUUUUACUCCACUUUUUGCACAUUGAAGAUGGCAUAAAAAAUUUGUUGGCAGAUCACUUUGUGUUUGGAGAGCAUUAAGUUUAUACUAAAACUUCACAGAAUGAGUUUCACCAGAAUUAAUAGCAGUUGUGGCGAGUUCGUGGAAUGGAUUGUACGCUCUGAUGAAGGGGGCACUCUUGUAAAAUUUAUUACAAUGUACCAUUUUGUAAUGACUUCUACAAGAUUAAAAAAAAAGUUAACCAUUGUUCUGCCCUCAUAUUUUGCUCAAACAAACUAAAAGAUAUCUUUGAUGAGCUUCCCCAGUUUAAAAGAAUGGAAUUGGGAGUUUGGCACAUUAAUGACUUAAGUGAAAAGUUGAAUAAAUAAUCGGUGUUAAAGAUAGAAAUGCAGCAAUGUGAAGUUUAAUUUGUGUCAGGACAUGAGUUGCUAAUAUUUUGGGUGAGGUGAAGUGAAAUAACUGAAUUGGUAACCAUGUAAUUUUUAUAACAGAUGGCUAGUAGUCUCUUGGAAAGUGACGGACUAGUUCACAAAUAGGUAGAGUGACAUGUAGAGGCCUAUCAUCACGACAGCUGCUGUCGUUGGAGCCAUCAUGUCAGUUUCUAUCUCUGCUGUGCCAGUACGUCACCUGCAGUCGCUUUGUGCACAGUAGUGGCGGUAGUGUCACAUGCUAGCCAGGAAAGCCACUCGUGUCCUUAGCAGUCAAGCCGUGCACCUUAACAUUUUGUCAGCUACCAAUUGGAUGCGAGCAUUUGCGUGUGUGGCCCUUCCAGCCAGUUUUAACAGCUUCGGUUCUUUUCUUUCUUUUGCCACUGACUGCCGUUUUGAUUUUUGAUGCAAGUUUUUGGUACGUGUUGUUUGUUGCAUAGUACAUCAGUGUUACAUUUUUGGUAGGAAUGUUUGAUCGGACCUCCUACCGUUUUUUUUUUGUUAUUUUGACUAGCCGUGACCUUGAAAUCAUUCCACAUUAUCCUUGCGCACUUCUUGAGGCUGUGCCUCAAGUACAUGAGAGGGGGAAAAAACGUAAAGGCCUAGGCUUCUAACAAAGGCAGCCCAAAUAAAUACUAUGAGGCCCUCCCUGCCAUUGACUGCUUGUCAAACCUGAAGUGGAUGUAGUGGUAGUUACUUUGGCUGUUUUCCUAUUGUCUAUGUUCCCAAAGUAUGCUUUUCUUAGAGAAAAUUUAAUGCCGUGUAAUGGGAAGAAAUGCUAUGGAGCCUUGUUGGUGCUGCUUGUGCUGCUGCUUGGAAUACAGUGCACGAGAACACUACCUCAUAGGAGGCAAUAUAGGAGUCUAGCUAGCCUGCAGCUGUUGUACAUGUUUUGAGGGAGGAUAUUGCUCAGUGCAGUAUUAUACGGAGGAAAAUUUGGCACUGCCACUGACAGGAGUUGUUUCGAGGGAAUUAUGGGCUAUGCCCAUGCAAAGUAAAAAUUUCUUGUACACAUCUAGGAGAUGUCUUCACAAGAGUAUGCAAGCAUACUGUAGUAGUUUAUGUGGUGUCAGAUAAUGGUUUGUCCAGUGGUUUAGCCUAAAAUUUCAGAAAAAUGUAACGAGUGCUCAUUUUACAUUUGUCAUUUAAAGACGCCUUUGUAGGAGUGCAUGUACAGGGACAUGUAUAUUUCACUUGAAAUCGUGGGGAAGAAAAAACAACAUCUUGCACUUACUGUUCUGUUCUCGUUCAAAUUUUGCAGAAAGAUCAUAUUUCAUGGUCAUGAUGAUUCAUUGCAACACGUGCCAGCAGCUGCCAAGAACAGUCAUUCCAGUAGGGUUGCUGUGUGUUACCCGCUUCUCUAGAACAUUCAACCUACUUCAUGCGAGUGAUGAUAGGUGGUAAGAAAUGUUAAUGCCAACGACACCUUGGCAGCAGCUAGCUUCCCCAUAAAAGAAGAAUACUACGGAUAUUUUUUAACAACCAGGCAAGCAAAUGUGUGAGGUGUUACGUUGAAAGAGGAGGACGAUGAAAUGUGUUAUGCGAAAUUUGAGUAAGAAAAGAGCAAUGGUUAUCGCAAAAUCUUUUCUCUAGAAUUUUGAGCAAAAUGUACAUGUCUCUGUAAAUACACUCCUACAAAAGCAUCUGUCAGCACUCAUUACUUAUUUCCUGAAAUUUUUUGGCUAAAACACUACAAGACGUCUGCAUGUUUUUGUGAAGACGUUUCCUCGAUGCUGAAAUGCUACAGCCACUGAACUGAUUCAGAAUUUAUUGUUGAGGCACUAGCUUUAAAGGAGUACUAACAACAUUUCCAACUUAUAGUUUCUUUUUUUUCUUUUUUUGCACUCAAUGCAGGUCCAAACCCAUUCAAACGCUAAAAAAUACUGACACGCAUCAGCAUGUCCUCGAUAAUUUACUAAAAUAGUUUUUAUGAGCCAGUUUCUAUAUGCACCCUGAAAUUAUGAUACAUUCAAUUGCUCCAUUUCAGCGAUUGCUGUGACUGCUAAAUGCAAGCACAGACAGAAGAAAUGCAUGAAGUGCUCCCAUUUAUGUUUUGAUUAACAGCGUUGCCAUUCAUAUCCUUGAUGCUAUACGAUGUCAGCAAAUUGUACUCUGGGUCAUAAUGUCACAGUAAUGUUGAUGCCAUCUCCAGGAUUUUGAUGACAAUUUUAGUAUCAGAUUAAGUAUCUUCUUAUACAGUAAAGAAUCCUUCCCAACCUUCAUACUUUCUAAAAAUAAGUGAAAAAUACUGUAGUGCGAUUGUGUUUCUAGAGAUUCAAAAAUAUCUCUUGACGAGUAAUCGUCAAACUGGGAAUGUUGCUGAAGCCAACAUUUUGACAAUGGAACUUGUCUAUUCUGACACUCCAUUAGGUUAAUUAAGCAUAAACAGUGAACACAAGGUGGUGGAACAUGGCUUUAACAUAAGAUAGCUAUGUCAGUUGAAGUCACCUGUUAAUAUGCAUUAUGGUUUUGGCCAGCUGCAGAGAUGACUGUAGUCUUUCAGUUAUGCUCGAUGAACCUGUUUAAUAUGUUUGACUAUUUAAUAUGUUUUACUGUUACAAUGCAAACUACAAAUUUGAUUUUGGUAUGUGAUUUCAGCACUGAAGCAGCUCUUUUAAAGCAUACAAUUCAGGAAAGAGUUGUUUGUAUAAAUGUACAGGUUACUACAUAAAGAGUUGACUGCAUGAAUAUAACACUACCUGCUUUCCUAAGGGCCUUUAUUAUUUAUUUAUAUUUUUCUCUGUGGUGCUGUUCUGGUGCACUGUUCUUCAUUGUAGCAGGUGUUCUAAGUGCUAAUAAUGCAUUCUUUAGCUUUAAAGGUUUUGUACAGUUUAACUUUGCAGACAUACUUUUACCCCUGUUCCGCAAUUUUUUUGCUGAAAUAUGGCAAACUUCCUGACAUUCAUGUACCAUCAGAGCUGUCAGUUGCACUGCCAAUUGGAUUGGUCUUAGCACAUGCUCAGCCAUAAAUUAAAGUGGUAUUAUGCCUGCUGAUUUGGCUGUACUGAGCUGACAUCUAGUGGGCUAGUGGACAAAAAAAAAAGACUUGACAGUUUUUCAAGGGAGUCCAGAAGGGAGAAUUCUCUCUCUCUAAAUUCAGUGCAACAGGUUUUUUGCAAAAUGUAUUAUUUUAAACAGCUAAGCUCUGCAGAAAUAUGCUAAGUGUAAGAAGCCAUAUGAAGGCUAUCAGACUCUUCGUUGUAUGGGAAUUCAUCCUUGCAGAUUCUGCUGUCUUAACAUGAAGAGGAUGAAGUUAGCAUAUAUAUCUGCUGAAGAAGAACAUGUAAUUGCAACUAGCUUGAGCUCUUAGAUCAGAAAAUGCACAAAAUGAAACAACCUAAAUCAGAAAAACAUAUCUCCUGAUUGCAGCAGCUAUGAUCUCUACUGAGUGCAUCACAUUGCACGAAACAAAAAAUGCAAGAGAUUCUACCUUUUAAUUUGGUAAAAUUUAGAUAUGAAUAAGCCAUUGCACCAACAAGGACUAGAAUUCAUUGAUAUAACUAUUGACCAACUCAAUGAUGACGUUGGAUAUGUGGUCGCUGAAAUAAUGCCCAGAAUAUGGGAAGCUUUGUAAUGUGAGGCAAUGGGGUACUUAAAGCAUGUUGAGCUCGGUAUUUGCUAUGUGCUUCUGGAUGUCUUGCAAACAAUCUAGGGCUGCAUUAGAAAUUGUGAUUAAAGCUGAAACCUUUAGAUUAGUGGCAGGACAGAUGAGCCACUGCGCUACAGCAGGAUGUAUAAACAUAAGCGAUAGCCCUGGCACUUAAGUGCAUGUGGCUGCCUGGUGACUGGAAGGGUAUUGAUCUUCGUGCUUGUCAGAACUUCCGUUUGUGCGGUGACAAAAAGAACAUUGUCUUGAGAAAAUUGGAGAGAUUACUUAUUUAUGUACACCUUAGGCAUAUCCCUAUACACCUCAGAUGUCUGCAUAGAAAAAAAAAAAACAUUGAGAGGCUGUUCGGAAUGAGUUGCUAUAAUGAUUCUCAUAGAAGCAUAAAUCCUUUGUAAUAAACAACCCACAUCUGGGUUGUGAAGAGAAUACUCAUUUUUUUUUAUCCUUAUUUAUAUAUUAUGUCUACAUAGCACAGCUGAAAUAUGGAUCGAAUUUGUGUUCUUGUUCCAGCAGUUCUGUUCUUUCGGUGCAUUUUUGUUUUAUAGUCCCCUUUUGGACUGUGUGCGCUUUUUCUGAGGCUGUCUGCUAGUGUGCCUGUGAGCUGCGAUGUGAGUUUAUUUUGCUUCUCACAGCACACUUGAAAAGACACUAGAUACAUUGCGUGUGCUAUGUACGUGCUUUCUUUCUGUGUCUACAAGUGCACAGUAUUGACCAAGUUCAAUUAUAUUUGCAUUAAGUUGCAGUGGUGCUGUUCAUGUCACAGCUCACAGUCAUAUAAGCAAAUGGCGUUAUAGUGUUGUUGAAAGCCGUAUUAUACACAGGUUAUUUAUUUGCCCUCACUUCAUCUUUGUUGCAUUGUGUGUGGACAUAUGCACAUGCUAGACACAUUUGUUGAAUUGCGAGUCUGCUGUCUAGCCGCUUUCACGUGAGUGCCGUAUCACGACACCCUGCCCCAUCGCUUUGUUAGAGGCUGUGGCCAUAAUGCCUAGGUUGCUGGGUGCUGCUGCAGAGGGGCUGGGGGAAUCGGGGACAGAUGCCAGCUUUUGCCUUGAUGUAUGGGGCCCUGCUUAUGUUGUUGUGCUGUUCUGCAGUCACUUCAUCCCCAUUCAAAUAGGACAUUCCUCGUGUACUGUGCUGUCUUACAUGAAUCUGCAUUGGGACCUGCUUGCUUCUGGCCUAUGUGGAGCUGUACUGCACUUGUCAAUUACUGUUACUGUUUACCUUUGUUCAUUUUGUUACGACUUGCCAUUUCCUCUCAUUUUCAGUGUUUCAUACCAGUUAAGAAAACUUUUCCUGGUCAUGUAAUGUGUGCAGUGCUAACAAUGUACAAAUAUGUGGCCAUAGAUAUUUGCUGCACGAUAUUAUAACGGCCACGAGUUUUACAGUAAGCUAAUUAAUGUGCAGUGCCCAGACAAUUUUUCAUAGCAGGCAACCGGGCUGACUGUGAAUUGUUGUCACAGUAGGGCCACAAAUAGUAAUGGCCACACAUCUGUGCGCUGUCUGAAAGUUCUUAGGCAUUUAAUAUGACACUACGAUCACCAGCAUGUACAAGUGCCAUAUGCUGUGUAUUUUGCAGUUCACUAACAGCACAUUCUGUGCACAUUAUGUGGGGUCUCACUACAUCACUGCAGUUGGCACUGUCCUGCUCCAACACGGUUGCUCCUAGCCCAUGUAGGGAAUACGUCUUUCCGCCAUGCCCUUUACUUAGUCUCCUCGUUAAAUGUGUUGAUGGGGGACAUUGUGUAUUCUGUACAUUUCCAACUGUGUUCUUGUGUGUUGACAUUACAGUGGAAUAUCCUCUGAUCUGCUGUAGCGGGGAAUAAAACAAGACACGGUUUUUU